AUGGUGGUGAGAUGGCUGAUGGUGGCUGCCCUCGUCGCACAUGGACGAGGGUGGUGGAACGCCUCGACGCCACCUGAGCCUUUACCAAUGAAGCCAUGGUGGCGAGGCAAGGUCGAGGAAUGGGUUCCGGCGGCCACGCCUUGGUUAGAUGGAGCCUCAGAGACUUUCUCCAAGGUGGCCUCUUUGACGGAACCCACGGCGGAGAGCGGCUUUGACUGGAGCCUCUGGACGUUGGCUGACUUGGCGUUCAGCUUGCUUGGCUGGACACUCUUCGGGAGCGCCUGGGCUGGAGUUCGAAACGGAUGCAGGCGCAUCUGUCAGUGCUGCAUCCUUCUGGGAUGCUGCAUCAUCGCCCAUUACAUCUGGGCGGUCUGUUGGCCGGUGGUGUCAUUGGUGUGUGCGGUGAUGAUGACGGUGGUGUGGCUAGCUCGACGUCUCCUUCGUGCUCUUGGUGGGGUGGUUUUUGUGGUCCAACGUUUCUUGGGUGGAACGCCCGAGGCUUCGAUGGCGGACUACUUCGGUCCUGGUACUGGACAACCACCCGAGACUGCUGAGCUCCGCAAGUUCAAGUAUCACGCCAGCACCGACAAAUGGGUGGUGAUCAAAAAGGGUGACCACACAGCCGUCUUCAAGGUGUCCAACGAGAGCCACCCGAUCAGGUCCAGCGGGGUCUAUAUCGGCAUCAAGGUCGACACACUUCGGGGAGCCCCUUCGCUGUUACAGGAGCUGACGGGAGUGGACAAGGUGCAUUUGUGCAGGAGCGAGGAGUGCAGCGAGCCCGGCUAUCACUUCAAGGUGUACGGCUUGACCAAGAAGAUCGACUACGAGAGCUUCAACUUCAACCAGGCGAGCAAGGAGGCGAUGACUUGGGGUUCGAGAGCGUGGCAGUGGGCGCUGGGCGGCUCUAAGAACCUGGCUGCGAAGGUUCGGGACUUGGGCUCCGAAUCUGAACGGGAUGAGGAACCAUGCCAGGCUCAUCGAGUCUUCUGGAGCACUGAGAAGGGAGAUGAACGCUUGGCCCCGGCUCCUUGUUCGCAUCAAGCUCGGGAGCGCACUACUUUGCUCAAAGAAGAUCAGCUGGGUGAGCAGGAUACGGUCCCAUUGUGUGAAGGUCAUGGUUCCCAAUAUAUCCUGAAGCGCUUCGCCAAGAAGUGCAGUCACGCUGAUUGUCGACGGCUAGGACACACUGGCCAUCAAGGGCUCAUGUUGCGUUGGAACCACGAGGAGUCGGUCAAGCAGCGUCGGGCGUCCCGGUCUAGGUCACGGGAACCAACACGGGACCACGAGCUGGAGGACAACCUGGGCGAGGAGGUGAACGAGCUCGAGGGUGACCGUGGGCUGAGAUGGAGGCCUUCUGCGUCCACUACACCACGGAGGAGGAGUACUUCAAGGCGCUUUGACGACGGCUUCGAGGUGGUGUCGGAUGGCGUGAGAGAAGGGAGAGCAGACAACCGAGGGAGCAAGGCCAGGUCUUUGCUUCAGGAGAUGAAAGGUGCCCACGAUGAUGUGUGGGAAGAUGAGCCAGACUCAAAGCGAGUCAAAACUACUUCCAAGUCACCGGGGAGAACACCAAAGUCAUCGAUUCACAGGAGCUUAGCAAAGCUGGGAAUGCUUGACUCACCUGAUGGGGGGCCGGAACGCAGCAUCCUGGAGGAGUUCUUCGAGGUCUACACCGAGGGCAAGCACGAAGGCAUGACGGAAGAGAAGGCUAGGGGAGUGCUAUGCGACCGCCAUGGCUCAAACUUCCAAGAGAUCACCAGGAAGCUGUAUGGUCAAGCUUGGGAGGAACAGCAGAAGGGUCAAAAGGGGCUGUCAAAGUUCCUACAGAAGUGGCGCAAGGAUGCGCAAGAGGUUGCCCAACCUGUGUUCCCUCCAUCCACUCCGCAGCCAUCAAGUACUUGGAGUGUGGUGUCGUCCGACCCUUCUGGAAAACCCUCAAAUCCCUCAAGUCCGGAGAUGUCUGAGAAGGCAGGAGUGGGGGAUCUCUUGGUUGGAGCUCCGAGGAUCUAUGGACGCAGCGCUGACCGGAAGGCAGGAGCUCGGGAGGAGACCUAUGACCCCAUGGCUAAGUUGACUCAAGCUAUCCAAAACCAAACCUCCGAGAUUGCCACAUUGGUACGAGCGCAACAGGAUUCAGGCCAACACCCACCAGGUUCAGUUCGUGGAUUAGGUAGACAAUCCGAAGAACUGGUCUACUUGAUGCGUGCGUGCGACCAGUACGACGUGAAAGUCUGCCCUGGUGAUGUGGGGGCUGCGCUAGCCAACUCUCUGCUUGCGGCCCAGGUAGGGGCUUCCACAAAGUUGAGGUCUUUGGGCUUCAGACAAAAGAUCUCGACGAGGCUAGCCGUGGGGUUGGCAGGGCCCUACUGGGGCACAACUGAUAAGCAUGCUUUGACGGCCGCGGACUUCGUGCAGGUGACUGAUGCUGAACUUGACGCUUUCGCCUCAGAGGCAAGACAUCUGAAGGGGCCAGGGGAGCAGAGGCCAGCACCUCCGACCCGCCUCGACGAGUGGAUAGCCCGUGUGAAACGACAGAACCAGGUGUGGGCACUCGCCUACGGCAUGGAAUGGCUGGAGGUCAGGGAGCACGCUUUGGAUCUGCUGGCAGGUUGGCAUCAAGAGCUUCCCCACAAGUGGCCGCUGCAGAUAGUGAUGGACGCGUGGGAGGAACUCCACUGGCGUUUCAUGGAAGAAAUGAAAGAGGUCCUUCGUCAGUUGAAGAAGGUGGCAAAAAGGGAGUCCAUGUCCCUGGCGGAGAUCAGGUUCCAUGCACUACUUCCUGGCCCAGAAGGACGCGCUUGGUUGGAGCUCCCACGGACCUUCGAUCUACUCAACCCGGAAGGGUGGUUCAAGAUGGAGCUGGAGCCUCGCAUCGAAAGAAGACAGGAGCGGGCUCUCUGGCGCUUGACUUGGGGAGGCGACAAGAAGCAGGCUGCAGGGUUGCACGCUGGGGGAGAAAAGGAGGCUGAAGAGGACAGUCGAGGAGGGGGAAAACCUUCAACGAACCUCAUUGGCCCGAAGCUCACCCAGGAGGAAGUGAACAAGGCACGAGAUCGAGCACCUGUUGGAAAAGGGGGUGCAUUACUAUGUUGGGGCUAUCUGACGCAUGCAGGGUGCCAUUCCGCUACUUGCCAACGGGCCCAUGAGAACCUCAAGGCAUCUUUCGAAGCUUUGGACCCAGCAGUUCAGAUGCAACUACUGCGGCGGGGAGGCCUUCGUCGCAUGAAGCAGGAGACGGCUGAGAGUGCGAGAGACAAGAUCCAAGCCCUUCGCCAAGGAGUUCAGAAGGACAAGGCCUCAAAGAUCAGCAAACCAAUGCGGAAGGCGGGGGCUGACAAGGAAGACGACGGGGGAGAGAAGGCAGAGGAAGUGAAGGCAGGUGGAACCUGUACCGUCCACUUCAACGAGGUGCCGGAGGAGUUCGAGGCGAUCGACUACACCAAGCAGGAGGACGUCAGGGACUUCGUUAACAGAGACGACCGAUCCUGGGGGCUACCAGUCCGACAUCAAGAUCGUGGUUAUUUCCCCUUCCAAGAUUUCCAGGCGCCGGAGGAGGCCGUGAACAUGGUGGACAAAGCCGAGAAGCUAGCGGCGGGCCCGGUUCUGGGAAAGUUGCAGGAGGCGUCAGAUGAUCUCUACGCGUGGGCAUCGGCGAGGGUAGCUGCAGACGGAGAAGUUACGUUCGAAGAGCUCAUGGGGGAGAUGGUGGCCUACGGGGUAGCAGAUCUCGCAGAGGAAGCUGCCAUCAUUCUUGAAAAACAGGGCGGCACGAGGGCGGGCGAGAACACUCGUCUGGUCGUGAGAGAAACUAUGUGGGCCACCGGUGAACCAGGCCAAGGCUAUGUGGAGGUGGAUGGGAGAUCCUGGAGGAGUUGGGACUACCAAGAGGAAGUCUUCAUGUCCGAAGAGCUGGCGGGGAUUCUUCAGCUGCCGGAGCCGGUGAUAGAAAAAAGGCAGUGUGUCACCAAGACCUUGGCAGCCGGUAUCCUCUGGAGAGAAAAGGGGCGACGCCCUACGUUGCAGGAGGUCGAGAAUAAGGCUCGGGAGCAGAGGUUGGAUCAGGCUCGGCCAGCGCUGGAUGCAGCCACCCAGAUGGGAGAGGCGGCGGAGUUCGUGACCCCAAUCGAGCACGAGUUGAGGGUGUACCUUCAUGACCUCCUACAUCCAGCCCACGAACGCGACUUCCGAAGCCUAGCGGUUUUCCCUAUCAUGGAGCUCGGGGCGGCCAAAGUGGUGGUGGUGAGAGCAGAUUUCCAAGGGAACUUGCUCGUGGAGACCAUCGUGGGUCCGGAUUGGGAAGAUGGAGGCUGGAUAGUGUGGACCUUGAUCUGGAAAGGGCACAUGGUGUUGUUACAACCACCAGCUGACUUCGAUGGGCUGGCAUGGUUGGCGGUGGAGGAGCGUCAAAGUACCCCGGUCCUUGGCUUCAAUUUCUACUGGCAUGCCCGCCACGAUCAACCCGUGAGUGCCCCAGGACGAGUAGCGUGCCGGCUAUGCCGCCCACCACGUCGAGCAGGAGAGACCUCACUCGGGUCAGGCCUGAUCCGCCAGCAUAGCACUUUAGCGGCAGUGGCCACAUCCUAUGCCAACAUGUAUGGAUCCGGAGUUGCGGGUUCGACCACUCAUCAACGAGCCGUACGAGGGUUAGCCAAGGGGGUGAAGCUUCUCCUCCGGUUGCGGUCUUCGCUGACCCGCACAAUCGAGUUGGCUACCAGCCUCAGCAUGAUAUCACUGACCCUUUGGUUCGUGGGCUUCAUUUGCAACGGGCGGUUUCUGGCGCACGAACUUUUGCUCAGCCUCAAGGUGGCGGUCGAGGGCCCAUUUUGGAGAAGGAGGUCGAGGUUCGCGGCGAAGGUCUUCGUCAACGCCUUGGACAACGGCGCCUUCCCCGUGGCGGAGUCCAGUGGGCCCAGUGGUCGGUACCCCAAGAUGUGGGAUUUACCUUCUUGGCAGGCCAUUCUGAAGAGACCGGAUGAGGUGCCGGAAAGAGACCACACCCACGGGGAAGGUCCCAGUGGUGAUGAGGGCCCAAGGGCGGAGACCUAUGUCAGGGAGAACCAGACGGAUGGGGAGAUUGCGGACAACUAUGUCAGGGAGAACCGGACGAACGAGGAGUGUGUGGACGAUGAGGGUGGCAACACUCGAGGAUUCGGAACCUCAGCGGGGGCUUCAGACUCGUUGGAGGAACCUGUCAGCUCCCCAUUUGAGUUUGGCUCGGAAGCGGAGGAGGCAGUAGAGGAACCAUCAAGCUCGCCCUUCGAGCUUAGCCCCCAGGAGGUGAAUGAUGAACCGAGCGGAGUGUGGGCAAGCCCGGAGGGAACCAGGAACCUGGACAGAGUCACUGUGGUCGAGCCGGAUGAGUGGCAGGUGGACCGAGCCUCAGGGACAGUCACGGUCACACGCCGACAACCACGGAGAAACUUGUUCAUGCCGGGCCUUUUGGGUGACAACUUCCCGGGAGGCUAUGGGCUACCUUGGCUGACGGACGCAGAUAACGAUCCAGGAGGAGCGGGACCCCAUGAAGGCGGCGAGUCAGAGGAGGACAUCGACGGCUCCACGGAGUAUGAGGACGCGGUUGACUACCUCAACACGAUCAACGGCCUCGACCAGCCCACCAAGCAAGGAUGGGAACGUGUCUUGGAUGCAGGAGACGCUCUACUUUGUGCAGCUGGCGGAGUUCAAGAAGCGGCUCAGUGGCUAUGGGACGCACGAGCAACCCAUGGGCUGGCAAAUCUGAGAGGAGUCGAGGACCCGUGCCUGGAUAAGAUCUUACACCCAGACCUUCUGGCCUACCUGAGACAUGUGAAGAGGCAUGGCAUGGAGGCCCGACAUGUGGGGCCUCGAGAGCGGGCGACGGCAGGGCUGCACCCGAAUGCAAAACGGAACCUGGAGCAGGUCUAUGCCCAGAUCUGGAAAGACGUCAAGAAACAUCGGGCGUUGGUUGCAAGCCAGGAUCAUCCCAAACUGGGCAACACUAUGGCUUCCCCUUUCGAAGCUGUCCCAAAACUUCUACCAGAUCGCUCAGUGUCGAACGAGGUGAGGGUGGUGCAUGACCAGCGACCUGUCAACCAGGGCACACACAAGGACUUCCACCCGCCGGCUCUGCAGCCCACACACGACCAGAUUGCCAGAAGGGUUCUGUUCUUGAAGCAUCGCUACCCGGGAUGCCAGGUCCACAUCGCCAAGAAGGACAUCUCUGGGGCUUUCCGCUUGCUUUGGGUGGCACCCGCGGAUGUGGAGCUCUUCGCGGGGGACCUCCCUUGGAAGGAUGCAGCAAUGCCGGAUGAGGAGGGCCACAGCGGAGAGGUACGUGGACGCCCACUCACCGUGCUCUACCUCGUGUCCUCUUUUGGGUUCUCGGGCUCUCCGGGGGAAUGGACCCCGUGGGGAAGAGCCACGGAGGAGUUCCAUAGAGCGCAUCGACCUGGACUACCUCGCAGAGACGGAGCAUUGGGUUUUGACUGCAAGAUCCUGGUCGACGAUGCGGUGUUGGUUGAACCACUCUUGGGCUUGAGACCUUGGAUCUCAGCUGCAUGUUAUGAGACAGGCGUCAAACAGAUGCUGGGAAAAGAGGCUGUGAACCGGGAGAAGGACGCCAUCGAGGGACAGUUCAAGGAGGAGCAGGUGAUCUGGGGACUGACUAUGAACGCGGCUUCGGAGAAAGCUUUCUUGCCAGAGCGGAGGAUCCUCAGAGGGUCGUAUUUGUUGGGGGACAGUGCCUUCGACGCGGGGGAGAAGUGUGUGACGGUCCGCCAGGUUCAGCAGUUCAGGGGCAUCACGACUGGUUGGGCGAUUGUGGUGAGGGGCCUGGCGAAUGAGCUCAGGGCGGCGGACAUUUUUCUCUCCAACGACGAGGGGGGUCUUCCAGCUCGGCCUCGAAAACUGGGCUACAAGAACGAACUCUUGGAGGUGGAGGACGCCUGGGAGGACCUUUGGAGCCUGUUUGAGGUUUGCAGAUGGUUGUGCGCCAGGUCCGACAGGUGGGAGACGCAUUUUGGCACCACCUUGAAGGAGCUCCUCCCUGUGAAGGAACGAUUGAGCCUCCCGAAUGAGUGGAAGGAAACUGUGUGGGUAUCCUCAGACGCUACUACUCAGGUGAUUGGGGCCAUCGACUGGACCUUUGGGGCAGCCGCUAGGGCAACAGUCACGGAGCUAGAGCCAUGGCUGAUGGGGGUAGCAGAACAAGAGAUGCAGGAGGACGGAGACAUGAGGGUUCACAUCUCGGAGAUGCUUUCGCUGGUGGCCUUUGUGUGUGAGCGUGGGCCUCUUUGGAAAGGGAAGGUGGUGCUCUACGCCGGGGACAACUCCACGGUUAGGCAGUGGGUCUGCAAACGUCAGAGUGGGUCACGGGCGGGCCGACUACUAGUCCGAGUCCUGAACCUUUGCGAGAUGAACUACGGAUUCACCCUGGUGGGGGGGUGGUGGAGGACCUUCCACAACGUCGACUCCGAUUACAUCACCAGGUGCAAUACGCAAGAGUUCGAGGAGAUGCUCGUGAAGAAGGGUUGGGAGAAGGUCGAGCUGGGCCCGGCGAUUUCCAAGGCCAUUGAGGACACCGCCCGGUUUGGACCCUGCUUCCUGUCCUGGCAGGACCCGGAAGACCGACAGGUGAUGCUGCAGCUGAAGGAGAAGAGGCUCAAGCGUUUUGUCGACAAGCCCUUGGGCAUUCCCUGGGACAAACUCAGAGUUAUUGAGCUGGCCAGUGAUGAUAGAUGGCUGAAAGACUUUGAGAGUUUGGCCCCUGAAGGACACUCCAAGAUCGGAAGGACCCGAGUCGUCAUCGUCGCCACCUUGCCGGUCGAUGAGAAAGGGAUCCUGGUGGACAAGUUCAUCAAGGAGGUCUCUCGAUUGCGACCCUACGUGGUGAUCUGGGAGGGGCCAAGGUGCGCCCCCUGGGAGAAGGCACUCGAAGGGUUCCGAGCCAACGGUUUGGGUGGUGUGACGUUUGAGUUCGUAUCCACAGAACUGGGGGAGUACCUCGCACGCCGAAGGCAAUGCCUGGUAGGGGCGCGCUUCAACCUGACGGAGGACAUCGUGAAGAGGUGUUUGGUGAAGACAGUGACUGCUCCGCCUUUGGGGGCAGCCGUGGGGAGAGCCAACCAGAGCAAGGACCUGGUUUGGAGAAAGCCUUUCAAGAUGGUCAUUGAGCCGGGCGUCCCGCGGGCGCCUUUGCUACCGCAGGUGGUGGGUCAUGUGUGGGAGUCACCUGAAGGUGAACGAAAGAACGUGCACGGGCUGGCAGGUCCAGGGCGCUGGCCGCUGAGGUACAACGACGGGGAGUUCGAGGUGCUGGAGGUCUUUGAUCGUCGAGGGCGACCGGGCCAUCUUCGAGCGCUUCAACCACUUGAGGUCUGGCAAUGUCAGGGGAGGUCCUGUGAAGCGUGGGACGAGCUCCUUCACCAGGGGAAAACGGUGCAGGAGAUAGCGAACCAGGGCAACAGGGCGACGGGGCUUCAGGUGGCAUCUAACCUCCUGGUGAUGGCGGGAGCUCUGGUCGAGUUCGGGGAGAUCCUCGAAGACGAUCACAAUGCAGGGGCAUUGGGCUAUGAGCCGUAUGAUUUGUCCAUGGCCAAACUUCUGGCAUGGCUGCGAAAGUGGAAAUGGCGCCAUUUUGGUGCAGGUGAUCUUCACGGAGGUGAUGGGCGUGCCGGAGGGGACAUCCACAAACGCAUGGUUUCGAGAGCGGGGGAGGCUUUAUGGGUUUGGUGCCUGGAGAUUGAGUCCGAGGAGAACCGCGACGAGAGCGAGACCGUGGAGACCUUCAGGGACACCUCAGCGGGGGGGAGACGACCCAAGUUGACGAAGCCGGCCCAUCUACCUGCCGGGCAACAUGUGUUGCUGGAGCCAAGGAAGGUGCCUUUUGAUGGGGCAAUCCAAACACAGGUGGAGGAGUGGCUUGAAGAGAACAUUGCAGGUAGCAAGGCUACGAGUACCCUGAGAAUGUACCGGUCGGCAUGGGAAAAAUGGGAGGCCUGGGCAACCCGCCAGAGAUGGCCUUCGUGCUACCUCGACGUGAAGGGCGACAAGCUUGCGAAUGAGGACAAGCUCUUGGCGUUCCUCGGCUACUUGGGCUGGCUUGGUUCCACGGCGGCCUCCAUCAAGCAGGCUUUGUUCGCGGUGAAGGACGGUCACAAGCGUGGAGGAGCAGGCGACCCGACCGAAGGCAUGUUCAGGGUGUGGAUGCUGGUCACGUCACUAGAUCGACAUGCUGAACGAAAGCCAAGGAGACUGGGGGUGACACCAGGCAUGCUGUUGUGGAUUGGCAGGAGCCUGUGCAACAGCGACUUGUUCGGAGAGGACCAGGUCGACAAGGCAAUGGUGCAGGCUGCGCUUUUGGUGGCUUGGUUCUUCAUGCUCCGAGCCAAGGAGUACUGUGACUCAGGAGGAGUUGAUGCACACAUGAUCCUCCGAGGCAUGGACGUCCGACUCACGAAGGACGGCUGUGAUGUGAAGACAGGAGCGAAUGAGGUGACCAUUCAGUUCCGCAAAACAAAGGCUGAUCAGGAGGCCUUCGGGUCGUGCAAAACUAUGGGGGCCACAGGUGAACUUCAUCUAUGUCCAGUGCACGCUCUCGAAGAGCUACGUGAAGUGGCUCAAAGACGGUUCUCUCCGGGACCUGAAGCUCACCUACCUCUGUUCCGGUGGGGCAAUGGGACAACCCUUCGUCGAACAGAAGUACAAGCAGUACUCCAGAAAGCAGCAAGAGCGGAAGGGCUGCCUGAAGAUCGCUUCAUGAGCCACAGCCUUCAAAUUGGAGGAGCAAGUGCCCUGUUCCAGGCCUCAGGUGAGAUCGAGUUGGUCAAGAGAAUGGGAAGGUGGAGCAGCUCCGCGGUGCAAAGGUACCUCUAUGAUGGGGGCGAAGUGCUGAAGGAGUUGUCGGGCCGGAUGGCCAGGGUCGACAAGAGGAUCCACUAUACGUAG